UCGGGUGAUGGUACGUAGGAAGAGAUUGCAAGUGCAGAUCGAGAAGAAAGGAAAUUAAGAGUGUAAUUAGUGUUGAAUUAAGGUUUGGUGGUGGAUUAAUGGAGAGGUGGGGAGCAGUUUGUGAUGAGGAGAAAGGGUGGAAAAAAGGGCCUUGGACUCCCCAAGAAGAUAAGCUGCUUAUUGAGUAUGUCGGCAGCAAUGGUGAGGGAAGAUGGAGUUCCGUCUCUAUCUCGACAGGGUUGAACAGAAGCGGGAAGAGCUGCAGGCUGAGGUGGGUGAAUUACCUGAGGCCUGGCCUGAAAAAAAGCCACUUAACACCUCAGGAGGAAGGAAUCAUCAUACAACUCCAUGCCGUUUUGGGAAACAAAUGGUCGGCCAUAGCACGAUACUUGCCGGGAAGAACAGACAACGAGAUAAAGAACUACUGGAGGACUCAUUUCAAGAAGAGAAAGCCUAAUUGUGAAACUAAGAAAGAAAAGAGACGAAUCCUUAGGCAGAAACUGGUGCACCGUGAACAAGAGCAAACUAAUUACAGCAACAACAUCCACGAAUCCCCUCAAGCAUGUGAUGAGAUAAACAUCAAGAAAGAGACGGAUAUGGGGUACCCGAUCGUGGAGAACAAUCAGUUCUUGCCUAUGAUGUAUCAAGAUACUGAAUUCUGGUUCGAUUUUAUCACCGCGGAUAGCUACUUCUGGGACGAAUUGUGGGGUCUGGAUGAUGUGAUAGUUCAAAAUCGUGGCGGUACUGGUGGUGGUUGUUGUGAAGGAGAUACAAUCGAUUACGUGCAGAGGGGAGGGUAUAUGUCAUAAGGAUUGCUAAGCUGAUCAUCCUGGUCGGCCUUUUAUUUGCCAAAGAAUAAUUCGAACUAGUGUAGUUUU